GCCCGCGCCGCGGCGGGAAAAUCCGACCUGGCCGCGCACCACCACCCCUUCUCGGCCCUCCUGCGUUUGCCCAGGGUCGGCCCGCAGUGAUGGAGGAGGAGGCGGAGACCGAGGAGCAGCAGCGAUUCUCUUACCAACAGAUGGGGUUUUCGUGAGGGUACAACGUCGGCAUUAGACACUCCAGGUGACGCCCGUAGCGCGGUGGGCGUUCGGGCCGGAGCUCUGGAACGCUGGCCCUGGAGGCGUCGACCCCUCGUUACUGAUGCAGGGACGCGGUGCGGACCAGUCAGGCCCAGAGCUCGUCCUUAGAUGUGGGUUCGAAUCUCUACCCCGCCAACCUGUGAUCGUAUCGACUCGGCCCAGAUGCAAUUUUCUUCUCUGCAAAAUCGUCAUAAGAAUAACCACUUGUCAGGGUAGCUGCGGGCAUCCCAUUCGUUCCUUUCAUCAGCGCCGGGCAUAUGGGGCGUCAGAGGCUGAGAACGUUGCCGUGAAGAGGCUUAAAAGCAAGACCCGGAGUGGCGACCUUAAAGAGGACGGACUGAAGAAACGCGGGAAUGAGCUCCAGACGCGGGAGUUUCCUCUCUACAAAGUUACACUGCAGCAGCUGUCUACCCUGCCCCUUGUAUUUUGAGAAGUUCAAACCUUCAGAAAAGUUGCAAGAACAUGAGGCUAAAGGCAGCAGUUCACUAUACUGUGGGUUGUCUUUGCGAGGAAGUUGCAUUGGACAAAGAGAUGCAGUUCAGCAAACAGACCAUUGCGGCCAUUUCGGAGCUGACUUUCAGACAGUGUGAAAAUUUUGCCAAAGACCUUGAAAUGUUUGCAAGACAUGCGAAAAGAACCACAAUUAACACUGAAGAUGUGAAGCUCUUAGCCAGGAGGAGUAAUUCACUGCUAAAAUACAUCACAGACAAAAGUGAAGAGAUUGCUCAGAUUAACCUAGAACGAAAAGCACAGAAGAAAAAGAAGUCAGGGGAUGGAAGCAAAAAUUCAAAGCAGCCAGCAGAGGCUGGAGUGGUGGAAAGUGAGAAUUAAAGUCCCUCGCCGCUUGGAAAGUGCAGCCUUCUACAGGUAGAGCCACCUAGAAAUGCAUAUGGCUGCAAAGGAAACUUUGAAGGGUUAAAUAGAGAUUUAAAAAAAUAAAAUAAAAAGGCUGGGCUAGGGUGCUUUUUGUGCUGAAUUCUCCACAUUGUUAACUGCCAAAGCUAGUUUUAGAGAAUGAGAAAGUCUUAAGCAAAAUACUCCCAGGUCUCACUCCAGAACAUAAAAAUGGUGUGUGAUCAAAUGGUAUAUAUUAGAAAUUACAUCUAUUGUAAUUAAAAUUGUGUGAGCAAUUAAACAUGGUUGACUUUUUCAAGCAAAAAUCAGUUCAUCUUUUGAUGUAAUUUUCUAGGCUAAAUGGCAAUCUCUGAAAGAUGAAUAAAGCUAUAUUUAUUUA